AUGCCCAACUCCCAUCGCGGGAAUCGUGCGCGUAAUGCGCCACCACCACGGCCUUCCUUUGGCCGUGGCCCACAGUCAUUCGGGCGUGGCCAACAGUCAUCUGGCCGCGGCCAGCAGUUUACAAGUCACGGCCAGCAAUCAUCUGGCUACCAAAACCAGCAAUCCUCUGGUAGAGGCCAGCAAUCCUCUGGCCGAGGCCAGAACUAUAGUGGAUUGCAGGGGCGGAUAGCAAGAUACAUGGAUUUCCGAGACGAGCUCAGGCAAUAUGAGGAAGUAAUAUCCAGUCGUGCCCAACAGCCCACUUACGAGAACAACUCUCGAAGAGAUCAAGGUCAACCUCAAGCCACCACAGGUGGACGAGGACGGGGUCGGGCCACUACAAGUGGAGGAGGACGAGGCAAGGACACUACUAGUGAACGAGCCGCCAGUCCUUCAGACAAAGUCUGGAUACCCCUCGACCAAGAUGAACUGAAACGUCGUCUGGACCAGGAUGCAAGCACAGUCCCCCGGCUUCCACAGAACCGUAGUACCAUCUGGCACUCCCAUUGCGGUCAGAUGCAUGCCCCAGAGUUUUGUCAGGGACCCCUCAUCCAAGGCGUCUUACAUACCUGUGCGCUGUGCGGUGGUCCAAACCACCUGACAGAGGCAUGUGAGUAUUGGCGUCUUGUGAGUGACGACGGUUCCUCUUUGGAGAAAUACCUCCAUGUCUAUGCCAGACAGGGUCUUGCACCAUUGGCAAGCAAAAAGGACUUUAGUAAAGUGGUGGAUAUCACUGGUUUCCGUCCACCACUAUGUCCAAACUCUGCGGCAUUAUACGAGAACGCGCAAUACGACCUGGACAGGAAAGCUGGCAAGUCGUCAUAUUUCCUAAGAUUCAACUAUAAUGCUCUCAGGCCCUUGUGGACCGAGGUCGAAAGCCUUCCAAAGGAUGAUCCUUGCCUUGGGAAAUGGAGUCAGCUGGGCCCACUGCCCAAUGUCGACGCUCCCUGGGUAUGGGAAGAGUAUCUCUCAGCAGAUCAUGCCACACCUUACAACCCGAACUGGACUCUGUUCAGUAACGAAGGGGUGGAGGUGCCGGCAAACCGAGUUCGGCUUUGCCACUUCCGACGCUGGGUCACUGGCACCGAAGACCUCCUAGCAAAGAGCAAAAACUCGAAGCAAAAGCGAGGUCGAUCGCCGGAGGCAGCCGAAUCUAGCCAUGGAGUACCAAAGAGGGUGAGAAGUCACAAGAACCGUGACUAUGAUCCCAUGGAAGACGUCCAAUAUGACGCCCCCUUGGACGCACUCGAAGAGAAGCCCAUCCGGGAACGUGUGAAGAGCGCUGUGGCUCUUGCAAUAGUAGAGGCCAUGUGGGAAAGUAGAGUUCAGUACAAACCAGUCGAUUGUGGUGGUGAUGGCGAAUUUGCUGGUUACAGGGCUGACGGGAUUCGACUUCUCUGUCGCCGCCGGUUCACUCAUCAUCCCAAAGUACAAAUUGGCAUCGAGAUCGAUGCGAGACUACUCUCCAUUAGGAAAAGGGCACACGAGAAUGCCACUCGAGAUGCCAAACUGCUCAAAAUUGCGAAUGAGAAAGAAAUUGAAAAUCAAUUUCCAUUCCCAGUUACCAUGAUGGACCGGUAUCUAGAAUGUCAGGAGUGUUGGCAACUAGAGUACAAAGGGGCAUUUACAGAUCAAGAAAUUGGAUCUGGUCUCCGGUUCUACGAGCAAAAUCCUUUUGCUUCACCAUCAUGGGUUCAGGACAUGCUUGACACUUAUAGCGAUGACAAGGAGGAACAGUAUUGA